GAUUCAUAUGUGCGACCAAUACCAAAUGUAGCUGAGGCUUUCUUUUUCCUUCUGAUCAUUCAGGAGAAAAGGAGAGAGAAGUAAAAGUUUAUUUCAAUUUGGCAUAUGCUUAGUUACAUAAUCAAAAGAAAAGAUAUUGCUUUUCUGUAAUAACCCUAUUUUAAAAACUGACAAUUAAUAAUAUUGAUCACUUUAUAACAAAAUCACAAUUCAUAACUAAGAAUUUCAGGAAUUCCCAAGUCAGUUUUGCCAGAAAUAGAAACAGUAUUAGGUUAAAAAUUCUACUUAAGCCCUGGUGGUACAGCAAGGAGCCCAAAACCUGAUAGUAUUUUUAAGGUAAAUAUUGUGAAGAAAAGAUGAUGUUUGCAUGGGAAUUGAUAUUCUGCCUCGCCAGUGCACCAGUCUAUAGCGAAUGCUACUACAAGACUGUUACGCCUAGUGCAAUGGUGGAGAAGGUGACCCAUCUCCUCUUCUUCCUCCACGAUAUCCUGAGUGGCGGAAACCCUAGUGCAGUUAUGGUAGCCCAUGCUAACAUCACCAAGAAAGACAGUUCCCCGCCAUUUGGCAGCUUGUUUGCAAUCAAUGAUCCCCUCAGAGUAGGGCCUGCAACAUCGAAGAUAAUUGGAAACGCCCAAGGCCUCUAUCUAUCAUCCAGUCAAGAUGCUAGCAAAUUUACUUUUGUCAUGUAUGUCGAUUUUGCUUUUACGAUUGGCAAGUUUAAUGGAAGCUCCUUCAGUUUGUUCUCAAGGAAUGCGGUGACAGAGGCAGAUCGUGAAGUGGCAAUUGUGGGGGGAAGAGUUAAGUUUAGGAUGGCUAGAGGGUUUGCCAAAAUUAAGACCAGUUUUUUCAAUUCUACUACUGGGGAUGCUAUUCUCGAGUACAGUGUGACUAUACAUCAUUACUAAUACUGAGAAAUUAUCUGAAAUCAUGUUCGAUGAUUGUUGUGAUUAUGUGAAGAGAGGGGAAUAAUGCUAGUGCUAAUG